CCAUUUCAAAAUGGCGGAUGCUACACCCUCUUCUACUGGAGAUUUCUCUUUUCCUCCUUGCUUUCUGACGCCCACGAAAGCUCUAGUGAUACUAACUGGUCUAGACACACGAAAUAACGCGGUCCACAGUGCCAUAUGGCAUUUAUUCACUUCAGGAAGGUCGGGGGAAGCCCUCAAACCUGUCAUCUAUAAGGCAGUGACUGCUGAUCACAUUUACCCCAGGGACCAUUCUUUGCAGCAAUCAAGUGAUCAUGAAAGUAAUAGCGGUAGUGCUCCUCCUUCUCCAGCCCCGCCCCCUUCCCCUCCCCCUGGUGGGAUACUCCCAUGUGACUGGAUAGAGAAGCAUAGUCUUGAGAUACCCUCUGUGGUCGUGUUCUUCUUUGAUUUGGAUUGGAAUCACCCGCAGUGGGCGGAGAAAGUGACCGAAUGUGCGUCAAAAGUCCAAGUCAUCAAGAGUUCACUGGAUUUCUUAUCAACAGAGUUCUGUGUUGCACUAAUACAAUCAGUGAGACCACUGCCAAGUGGUUCUGACCCAGCAAUAUCUGAGCAAGCAACAGAAAUAUGUCAAGCCUUGGGUCUUCAGAAUACUAACUUGUUUGUGAUGCCUUACGUUGAUAGACCUGAAGGAUAUGUAACUAGAUUGGAAGCUUCAUUUUACGAGUUUGCUCUACGAUACUAUGGCAACUACAUCAAGAAGAUGCGUGUUUCCAAGGAUUUACAGGUAGUUAGCCACACCCAGCAGCAGUUGGUAUCAAUUGGGAAGCAGUUUAAGAUAGCAUACCUCACUGAGAUGAAACAAGAACAUAAAGAAGCCUUGAGGCUCUACUCCAGUUGCUACAAGUACCUCAUUGAGUGCAUGACACUGAGUGAGGACAGGAUCAUGGAAUUCAAAGUAGUGGCUGGUUUACUAAACUACAAGAUUUGUUAUCUUAUGUUUGAUUACGAUGACCCGAGGCAAGCUCUGGCUCAAUUUCAGAAUCACCUUGAUCAUUUCAAAUCAGAGAAUGGACUUGAAUCACUUGUGUUCCAGCAUAAAGAGUGGAUAGGCAAUCAGUUUUCUGCUUUUGCGGAUUUAUUUGCUGAAGCAGUUCGUAAGCAGCUCAGGCCAACACAAACGGCACAUCCAGGUAUCUAUUACUAUGAAGCCAUACAGUGUCUCUUUGAAAGACGAAAGCUUCAAAAACUUUAUAAGACUUCAUACAACUUGUUGCCUAAGCCUCUCCCUCCAUUGACCAGUGUUGAGUACAUCGGACAAAGACCAUGGAGACUGGGACUUAGUGAUAAUCAACCAUCAAUGAGUGAACUGCGUGACAAGUCAAUCACUAUAUUACAAGCAAGGGAGUAUUCCAGGGAUUUUACUUAUCAGAUAUGCCUCCUAAUAAACAAAGCUCUGGAUCAUUUCAAGCAAUUGCAGCAUCAAACAAACAACAUGAUCAGUCACUUAACUGUCUUACUGGCUGAAGAAUAUCAUCUAUCAAAAGAUUACGAGAAAUCACUGAUUUUGUUGGAGAGAAUAAUAUAUGUGUAUCGCGAUCACAAAUGGUGGACCAUCUUUUCCAGUUUAUUGCAAAAGAUGCUUGAAUGCUCGUACAUGUUGGGAGAUGUUAAGUGCUAUGUAUGUACCGCCAUGGAAUCAAUCAGUAGAUUCACUCCUAUUGAUAAAGAAAGGAAAUUGUCAAUUCAAAAUAACUUAAACUUAAUAUUAAAAGGGCACCCCCCUAAUCCUGAGCCAGGCUUAGAGGAGGUUGAUAGUUCAGAGGAUGUCGGUGAGAUGUGGUAUAGUAAUCUUGCAGGUCUGGCAGCUGCUGCUGAAGAAGGCAACGAAGAAAUAAUACUAAUGUCUUCACUGGCCGCUUGUAUUGAGUGUAAGGUUGUAUUCUCUGAUAAUUCUUAUUCCAGUGAUUCUGUUAUUAAGCUAACAGUCUAUCUCAGAUCAAGUGCACCCAGUGACUUGCUAAUAAAUAAAAUACAAGUCAUUAUGGAAAACCCAGUAUGA